AUGGCGGCGGAGGAGGCUCGGCUGCUGGCCUGGCUGCGCGGCCCGGCGGCGGCGGGGCCCGGCGGCCCCCAGCUGUCCGCCUACGUGGCCGAGCUGGCGGCGCUGGGGCUGGCCGAGCUGGGCCGGGAGCCGGCGCGGCUGGCGGCGGAGCGGGCGCGGGUCGGGGCCGAGACGCGGCGCUUGGCCUUCGAGCACUACCGGGCCUUCAUCCGCUCCGCUGAGUGCACCGGGCGCGCCGGCCGCGGCUUCGGCGGCAUCGAGAGCCGCCUCGGCAGCCUGCUGGACCGCCUGCCCGCCCUGCAGGACGCCUGCCGGAACUUCGUGCGCGACGCCGAGGCCAUCGCCUGCAGCCGGCGGAUGAACAGCCUGACGCUGAACCGGCACACGGAGAUCCUGGAGAUCCUGGAGAUCCCGCAGCUCAUGGACACCUGCGUCCGCAACCGCUACUACGAGGAGGCGCUGGAGCUGGCCGCCUACGUGCGGCGGCUGGAGAAGAAGCACAGCAGCAUCCCCGUCAUCCAGAGCAUCGUGGCCGAGGUGCGCCAGUCCACCCAGCUGAUGCUGACCGAGCUCAUCCAGCAGCUCCGCACCAACAUCCCGCUGCCCACCUGCCUGCGGGUCAUCGGCUACCUGCGGCGCAUGGACGUCUUCACGGAGGCUGAGCUGCGCAUCAAGUUCCUGCAGGCGCGGGACGCCUGGCUGCGCUCCAUCCAGGCCUCCAUCCCCGACGACGACCCCUACUUUCACCUCACCAAGACGGUCGAGGCCUGCCGCGUCCACCUCUUCGACAUCGUCACUCAGUACCGCGCCAUUUUCUCUGACGAGGAGCCGCUCCUGGCCCCCGACCAGCCCACCCUCAACGAGGGGGCCAUCUUCCACGGCUGGGUGCUGCAGAAGGUCUCCGAGUUCCUGCAGGUGCUGGAGCGCGACCUGCAGCGAGGGGUGGGCGGCCGCCUGGACUCGCUGCUGGGGCAGUGCAUGUACUUCGGCCUCUCCUUCAGCAGGGUGGGGGCUGAUUUCCGCGGGCAGCUGGCCCCCAUCUUCCAGCGCGUCGCCGCCGCCACCUUCAGCAAGGCAGUGGAGGAGGCGGUGGAGAAGUUCCAGGAGGAGAUGAAUUCCUACACGCUCAUCUCCGCCCCGGCCGUGCUGGGCAGCGCCGCGGCCGUGCCGGUGCCCACGGCCCAGCCGGGGACGCUGCAGCCGCCCAUGGUGCUGCUGGACUUCCCGCCCCUCGCCUGCUUCCUCAACAGCCUCCUGGUCGCCUUCAACGACCUGCGGCUCUGCUGCCCCAUCGCCCUGGCCCAGGACGUGGCCGCCUGCCUGCAGGACGCCCUCAGCAAGGUGACCAAAAUAAUCCUGGCUUUCCACCGGGCAGAGGAGGCAGCGUUCAGCGGGCGCGAGCAGGAGCUCUUUGUGCAGUUCUGCACGGCGUUCCUGGAGGACCUGCUCCCCUACCUCAACCGCUGCCUCCAGGUUCUCUUCCCUCCGGCCCAGCUCGCGCAGGCGCUGGGCGUUCCCCCAGCCCAGCUGCAGCGCUUCGGCCGGCUGGGCUGCGUCGACGUGGCCGCCGUCAGGGAGCUGCUGGCCUCCGUCCUGCCGGCCCGGGAGGCAGAGCCGCUGCUGGGCGAGGAGGAGCCGGUGCUGCAGAGCGCUGUGCCCGCACCAGCCCCGUGCCCGCCGCAGCAGGAGGAGGACGGGGCCGUGCCGGGGGAGCCCCCGGCGGCACAGGGCCAGGAGGACCCCCCGGACCCCCCGGCGGGGGCCCUGCGGCCGGACGCACCGCCAGCCGUGAGCUAGCCAGGAGGGGACUGCACUGCACGGUGACACGCCUGUCCCUGCGUGUGGCUGCCCCGGGGACAGCAAGAAGGGGACA